UUACACUCUUACACUCAACCAAUCAGCGCACACAGAAUGGCUACACAAAUAACAGCACAGCACGGAAGUGCCGGUAUAGAGAAUAUCAACAGCUAAUCCCCUUUCGGUUGACUCUCGACGCUAGGUUCCGACGGAGAGAAGCUGCCGGCAAGAGAGCGAGUUGUCUUGAAGUUCCAGAUAUUCAGACAUUUCGGGACAGGACUGUCUGAUGUCAGCAACUGGAGAUACUGCUGCCACCAAACAGAAGAUGGAGAAACCCUUGCAGCUGGUUUAUAACAAGGACGGGAAGCUGCAGCUUAACCCAGAGGCUGUGAAGGUCCUCAAGUCCAUCGAGGAUCCAAUGGUUGUUGUGGCUGUGGUUGGUGCUGCUCGUUCAGGGAAGUCCUACCUCAUGAACUGUCUCGCGGGAGACAAGAAGGGAUUCUCAGUGCAUUCAACCACACAGGCUCACACCAAAGGAAUCUGGAUGUGGUGUCGAUCCCUCCCUCAGAGACCCAAAGAGGUCCUCCUGUUGUUGGACACCAACGGUCUGGGAGAUCCUGAGAAGGGAGACAUCAACAAUGACAAUUCCAUCUAUUCACUGGCUGUCCUUCUGAGUAGCAUCCUGAUUUACAAUGGUCAAGACAAAAUUGACCAUAAAUCCCUGCAAGACCUAUAUUUUGUGAUUGAACUGUCCAAGCGGAUCCAGAUUAGGUCCCAUCCCAAUGACUCUGACAGCUGGGACAUUGUCCGUUUCUUUCCUGAAUUUGUCUGGGUGAUACGUGAUUUGACACUGGAUAUGAACAUCGAUGGAAAAAAUGUGACUCCAGAUGAGUACCUGGAGCACAGUCUGAAACUGAAGGACAGUGAGAUCAGUGAGCAGGACAAGGAAUAUAAUGAACUCUGCAGGUGUAUCCGUGAUAAUUUUCCCUCACGUCACUGCUUUGCAUUUCCCAUUCCCACACCCGGGAAGAAAAUCAAGCAGCUCCAGGAAUUGGAAGACAAGGAUCUGGAUGAAGAUUUUGUUACGGAGCGACAGAAACUCAUCAAUUACAUUGACACCCACAAGAAAGUCAAAAAAUUUCCUUCGGGUCGACUGGUCACGGGCCCAAGAUUUGUUGAGUUGACCGAGGCAUACGUGGGCAUAAUGGCGGAUGGGAUCCUGCCGCGUGUGGAGAGCAGUGUCGCCAAAUUAGUGGAGCAGGAAAACCAAACAGCAGUAUCUGAAGCCCUGAAAUUCUAUGAAGAUGAAAUAAAUAAACUCUCAGAAUCUGAUCACCAUGCUCUGAGCGAACUCAUAGAGUAUUACAAUACGAAGAGGAAAGAGGCAUUCGAUAUCUUCCACAAAAGAUCUAACAACAACAACAGUGGCAAAUAUAUCAAACAGCUGGAGGAGAUGAUGAAUUCUACUAACAAGUCUGUCAAGGUCAAAAUCGAGGAAAGGUCACAAGAGCAAUGUGAGACACAUCUAGCAAAAGAAAUGUCAACAAUUCAAACAAAACUGACAUCUGGACGUUACCGGGAACCUGGUGGUUUUCAGAAGCUGAAGAAGGAUCUUGAUAAUGCCCUCAAUGAGUAUAAAGAAAAGACUAAGAAUCAUACAAAGGGGUGUGCUGGCUUCACACUGUUCCAAGAAACACCUCGUCUAGACCAGGUACAGAAGCUGGAGAGCAAUAUGACAGAACAUAUCUCUGCUUUGGAAGAGGAGCUCUCAAGGCUGCAACGUGAGAAGGAGAAGAUGGAGCAGACCUGAUUCAUAUGGAAAUCUCAACUGAUCUCCAGAAAAUUGCCGAUUCAAUUGAUAAGAUGCAAACAUUUAUUGCGGAACAUCAGUCGGCUAUAUCUGAUCUUCAAAAAUUCGCGCAACAAAGUGAGCUUAAGAUGGGGAAAAUCGAAGAAACAAUUAAUGUAAUGAAGAAGAAACUUGACUUUUUGACUUUUAAAAACUCUGACUUGGAAUCUAGAAUGCGACGGCAGAAUUUACGAAUGAUCGGGGUGAGGGAAGCUGUGGAAUCUAACAACCCCAUGAAAUAUUUUUUCAUGGGGUUACUAUUUAAUAAAAAAGUAGUUUUGGUUAAUGUUUAUGCUCCUAAUAUGGAUUGUCCGGAAUUUUAUAAAUCAUUGUUUGAUCAGUUUCCGAAUUUGAACGAGUUUUCAUUGAUCUGGGGCGGAGAUCUUAAUACCUGUUUGUCUCCAGCUUUGGACCGUUCGGCUCCUUUACGGACUUUACCUAAUAAAUCUGCAAAUCUGAUUAAUUUUUUCCUUUUUGAUUCUGGGUCGACGGACAUUUGGCGUUUUCUGCAUCCUCAGGAAAAAGAUUUUUCCUUCUUUUCACAUGUUCAUCAUUCCUAUUCAAGAAUUGAUUAUUUUUUCAUUGAUUCUCGUCUUAUUCCUUCAGUGAUUAAAUGUGAUUAUGAUUCUAUAACCAUUUCGGAUCAUGCUCCACUUAAGCUUUCUAUUAAAAUUAUGGCCAAUAUACCAAAUAAUAGACAAUGG